CCAGGCUGUAAUUCCCUUCGGCUCCGGCGGGUGUCGCUGUUCCAGAGCGCCUUCCUCCGCGCCGCCGCCGCCGAAGAAAAUGACGCAGCGCACCUGACAGGCGUGUUUUUAGCCUGUUAGCUAGAGAGUUACAUCUCUAAACGCUUAAUACCGGUCCCUCGCUUUCAAAGUCAAACAUUUCCCCCGGAUAUAGAAGCGCUCGAAGGUCCCGAAUCGAGAAGAAAGGAGAAGACAAAGGCAGAGCAGCCAUGCAGAUCACGCUGAAGACUUUGCAGCAGCAAACCAUUCAAAUAGACAUCGACGAUGAGCAGACGGUGAAGGCGCUGAAGGAGAAGAUUGAGGCUGAGAAGGGCAGAGAAAGUUUUCCAGUAGCGGGACAGAAGCUGAUCUACGCUGGGAAAAUCCUGCAGGAUGAUACCCCCAUCAAAGAGUACAAAAUCGAUGAGAAAAACUUUGUGGUGGUGAUGGUGUCAAAGACGAAAGCACCCAGUCCACCGGCUCCACCCUCAGAACCACCCAAACCUGUGGCUGCACCUUCUUCGUCGUCCUCCUCUCCUCCUCCUCCUCCCGUUCCCGCCCCUGCAGCCAUCCCCAUCCCCAGAGACGAGAUUUCAGACGACCCUCCUGCCACCGUGUCUCCUGAAGCGAGCCCUGACCGUGGCUCAGGUCUUGGGGCUGAUGGGGAAGAUGCGUCUUCAACAUUAGUCAGAGGUCAGGAGUAUGACACCAUGCUCACAAAUAUCAUGGCUAUGGGCUACGAGAGAGAUAAAGUGGUGGCGGCGCUCAAGGCCAGCUACAACAACCCUCACCGUGCUGUGGAGUAUCUGCUCAAUGGGAUCCCUACAGUCCCGGUGCAGGAAACCAGUCCCGCUCCAGCUCAGCUCCCCACAGACACGCAGCCCGCAGAAGGUGAGAAUCCGCUGGAGUUCCUGCGCUCUCAGCCUCAGUUCCAGAGCAUGAGGCAGGUGAUCCAGCAGAACCCGUCCUUACUGCCCGCCCUCCUGCAGCAGCUGGGACAGGAGAACCCCGAGCUCCUGCAGCAAAUCAGCCAGCAUCAGGAGCUCUUCAUCCAGAUGCUGAACGCGCCGGUGGGUGAGGGUGAAGUGGAGGCCGGAGAGGGCGGAGAGUUCGCUGAUUUGGGUGCUCUGGGCGACGAGGCGGCGCCAGGGAGUUACAUCCAGGUGACACAACAGGAGAAAGAAGCCAUCGAGAGGUUAAAAGCUCUAGGGUUUUCAGAAGCUCUGGUGGUCCAGGCGUACUUCGCCUGCGAGAAGAACGAGAACCUGGCCGCCAACUUCCUGCUCAAUCAGAAUUUCGAGGACGAAUGAGAGUCGUGGAGAGCCCACGUGCCCCCUCCCCCGCCACCACACAAGCACUGCAUCUACUCGGGACACCGGUUUCCCCCCAUUAUUUCUUUGAGUUUACAAGUCAAGGGGAGACUCGCAGACUGGUUGGGGACGGGGCGGAUGCAAUCACUCGGUGAACAAAUUCCAAUGGAAUUGACAGCAUUUGGGUUGAAUGCACUCUAGCAUGUUGAAGAAGUGUGCUUGCACGUGUGUAUGCGUGUUCCUUUAGGGAAUAUUUGACUAAAUCAGCAUCAAUUGAAAGCAACGCUCUCAUAGUAGUAUUAUGGGGUUGUGAGGAGGUUAGAUGUGGGCAAAUGCAUUUGCUUGGUCGUUUUUAGUUGGGAAAAGGAUUAAUAAUAUAUGUAACGGAGGAUUUUAUAUAUUUCUCUAAACGCAGAGAUAUUUCUGUAUUUCACCCACAUCUGACGAAUGCGAUAACGGCAUUCAAAAAAAGAAACAAUUAGUGCAAAUUAGAGCAUUUCUAUAAUAUUCUAAGCCAAUCAAAAUACCUAAAGUGAUGCUGAAUUCAUAUCGUGUGGAAUAUCAUAAUCCGAGUGAUGAUCGCUUUGAAUGUACUUGAAUUCAAUAGAUCAUUUGUCUUAUUUAAAGUCAACAUGAAAUGGCAAGCUGUUUGUAUUUGCUCGUUUAACACGAAACCUAAUUUACCAAAAUAUAGAAAGGGACUGAAAAAUAAAGGACUCGUUCCUUCUCGUCUGACAUUUUCAAUUAUUUUGAUGAAAGCACUUUUUUUUUUUUUCAUUUAGACUACAAUCUGUGCAUACCUCCGUGCAUACAUGCUUUAACGAGAAUAAGUCAAUUUCAUGUUGGCUUUAAAAGCUUAUUUAAACUUCGAUUUCCGUUAACCUUUGGAUCGAAACAAAGGUCACAAAUAUAAAUAAGGAUCAUUUUUCAUGACAUUAGCUUUGCUUAUAUUAAUACGAGAGGACCAACCUGUAUGUUAGCGAGAGGUUUUUGGCGCGCUAGACCCCGCUGCGUUUCAGAAGCCAGGAGCAGAGACCCGUUACAGCACGAUUAUACUUCACCAGAUUAACUCCUGUCAAAGAGAGAUUUUCUUGAAUCACAUUGGUGUAAAGCCGACAACGGGUUCCUCUGUUCAUGUAUUGAGAGUAAAGUCUUGUAACAUUCACCUCUUAAAGCAGGUUCAGCAGACGGAAAGAUCCUCCGGCAGCGACUCACCUUUACAUUUGUUCUCGCUCAUAGCAAAGAAACGCUCCUUUGUAAUGUAGUAGCCAAACUGCCAGAUAGUAGACUUCUGUUUACUUCUCAGCAGGCCUACGUGAAGUCUGACCUAGCGGAAGGACUUUUCAGUUAAAUGCAAUGCUUUCGUCGCCGUGUAAGGUAUUAUGAAAUUCUUCAAUGUAUUAACGCGUGAUGGAAACCGGCGGACUCCAUGUAGGCCUGUUUGUUAGCAAUUAAUCAUUUGAUUUUACUAUAGCUUGAACUCCCCUGGGAUCAAUAAAAUCUUAUUGCAGAAACA